ACAGAUCAUAGGUCAGACUCCGACACGUGUGGGGGAAGCAGAGCACGUGUCAAAGGAGUUCUCAACGGCAUCGCCGACUCCUUCGUCAAAGCCGCAGGGGUUGGAGCUUUACAAGCUGUGUCCAGGGAAGCUUAUUUCACGGUGGUUGAUGGGGCAGGGUCCGACUCCAGCGAGAAUAACGGAAGCAACAAACUUAGGUUCCCUAAUCUUAGAGGGGAAAGCAGCAAAUCUCUGGAAGCAUUGGUGAAGAAUACAGGAAAAGAAUCUCUCCAAUGGGGCCUAGCAGCUGGAUUAUAUUCGGGUAUAACUUAUGGUAUGAAGGAGGCUCGCGGAGGCACACAUGAUUGGAGGAACAGCGUGGUGGCUGGAGCAUUGACAGGAGCGGCUAUGGCUGUGACGACCUCGGAGAGGACAAGCCAUGACCAAGUGGUUCAGUCUGCUCUUACAGGAGCAGCCAUUUCCGCCGCUGCUAAUCUCCUCUCCAGCGUUUUCUAAAUGUUUUUCAUUAGAGGGCUUUAUAUGUGUUAUGGCAGCUUAGCAUAAAAUAAGUCUCUCUUGUCUUUUUUAAGAAAAUUCUCUGUGGGUCUGUUACGGCUAGGCUUUAUCUGAAACUCUGAAACAACAAAUCACAUUUCCUUCCCUUCAA